AUGGCCCGAGGGUCAUAUUCGGGCUCGUUCCGCAGCCGGGGGCGAGGAAACUCAAGAAAUAACUACAGAGGCAAUAGCUCCUUCCGUGGUGGUCGAGGCAGAGGUCGAGGUCGAGGCCGAGGAGGGGCACCAACAGACCCACAGCCUCGGCGUGACGAUGAUGGGACGCAGCUCGCAGAAAGGUUUGAGCAGGUCCAACUGAAUGACGAAAUUGAUGAGAAGCUUGGUUUUGAGAGAAUUGAGGAAGGCGGAAGGAGGGAAGGGUGGUUGGUAAAUAUGCAUCCGACUCUCGUGAAAGAUGCAGACUGGCCAUCUGGUAAAGCCGCGGUAGACUUUUACUUUAUACAAGAUGAUGGAGGAAUGUUUAAGUGCACGUACCAGUACGAGCCUUACUUCUAUAUUGCAUGCAAGAGCGGAAUGGAAACAAUUAUUGAAGAGUGGCUAAUGAAGAAAUACGAAGCGAACAUAUAUCGGAUCACGCGAGAGCGGAAGGAGGACCUCAGCCUGCCCAACCAUCUUCUUGGCCACCGCCGCCUCUAUCUGCAGCUACAUUUCAGGAAUGUUUCUGACCUUCUCACCGUUCGACGUGACAUCAUGCCUCUCGCACUGGCUAACAGUGCGAAGCUAGAUGCAGUCGAUGCAUACGCCGAAGUGGUUAACUCCACCGCAGGCGUGGGUAUCUCAAUCGACAUGGAUGUCGAGUGGGGAGCUGAUGUGAACAUGGAUGCCCGAGACUCACGCAAUGCCGGGGGACGGGAGAAAGAUCCUCGAGAGGGUGUCAUCGAUAUCCGGGAGUUCGACGUCCCUUAUUACCUGCGGGUCGCCAUCGACAACGACCUCCGAGUUGGGCUGUGGUACGCGGUCACGUUCACUGCUGGUCAGCCUGCGUUCACCCAGAUUGUCGAGCGUGUCAAGCGAGCAGACCCGGUUGUGAUGGCGUACGAUAUCGAGACGACGAAGGCGCCGCUGAAAUUUCCUGACCAGGCUAUUGACCAGGUCAUGAUGAUUUCGUACAUGGUCGACGGCCAGGGUUUCCUUAUCACAAACCGAGACAUCGUAAGCGAGGAUAUCGAAGACUUCGAGUACACUCCGAAGGAGGGAUAUGAAGGUCCUUUCACUGUGUUCAACGAAGCCGACGAGGCUGCCACUAUACAACGCUUCUUCUCUCACAUCCAAGACGUCAAGCCCACUGUAAUAGCAUCGUUCAACGGUGAUUUCUUCGAUUUUCCUUUCUUAUGCGCUCGGGCCAAGGUCCAUGGGAUCGACAUGUUCCUGGAGACCGGCUUUAGCAAAGACUCAGAAGACGAGUUCAAGAGCCGCGGAUGCGUGCAUAUGGACUGCUUCCGCUGGGUCAAGCGUGAUUCGUAUUUACCCCAAGGAAGUCAGGGCUUAAAAGCCGUGACGACCGCGAAGCUUGGAUAUAAUCCUCUGGAGCUUGAUCCGGAGUUGAUGACCCCAUAUGCGAUGGAGCAGCCUCAGACGCUGGCGCAGUACUCCGUAUCUGACGCCGUCGCGACGUACUAUCUGUACAUGAAAUACGUCCAUCCGUUCAUCUUCUCGCUGUGCAACAUUAUUCCCCUCUGUCCAGACGAAGUCCUCAGGAAAGGAAGCGGUACCCUCUGCGAGACGCUGCUCAUGGUUGAGGCAUACCGCGGAGGGAUCAUCAUGCCUAACAGGCACGAAGAGGCACAUGGCAACAUGUACGAUGGCCACUUGCUCGCUUCCGAGACGUACGUCGGAGGACAUGUAGAAGCACUGGACGCUGGAGUUUUCCGCAGCGACAUCCCGACGAACUUCAAGAUAGAGCCGUCGGCUGUUCAGAAGCUCAUCGACGAAUUGGACGCAGCACUGACAUUCUGCAUCGUAGAGGAAUCCAAAACGCCUUUGGAAUCUGUGACGAAUUACGACGAGGUUAAAAGCCAAGUCCAGGCUGGGCUCGAAGAGAUGCGUGACAACCCUCUACGCAUGGACAAGCCGCUCAUCUACCACUUGGAUGUGGCGGCGAUGUACCCGAACAUCAUGUUGUCGAAUCGGCUACAGCCAGACUCGGUGGUGGAUGAGGCGGUAUGUGCGGUAUGCGACUACAAUCGACCGGGCAAGAGUUGUGACCGUCGCAUGACAUGGGCAUGGCGCGGCGAGUUCUUCCCUGCGCGGAGAGACGAGUUUAACAUGAUCAAGCAUGCACUGAACCAGGAGACAUUCCCUCCAAAACGUGCAGGGGGGUCGCAGCGCAAGUUCGGCGAUCUGUCUGAUGCAGAGCAAACCGCGUUGUUGCACAAGCGCCUCGGAGACUACUCGCGCAAGGUGUACAAGAAGAUCAAGGACACCAAGGUGGAGAAUCGCGAGGCCAUCAUCUGCCAGAGGGAGAACCCAUUCUACAUCGACACGGUGCGCCGCUUCAGAGAUCGCCGGUAUGAGUACAAGGGUCUGCACAAGACAUGGAAAAAAAAUCUCGACGCUGUGCUUUCGGAACACCGUUCCAUCGCGGAGGUGGACGAGGCUAAGAAGAUGAUCGUGCUGUACGAUUCUCUCCAGCUGGCGCACAAAUGUAUCCUUAACUCCUUCUAUGGAUACGUCAUGCGCAAGGGCGCUCGGUGGCAUUCUAUGGAGAUGGCUGGCAUCACCUGCCUGACUGGCGCAACAAUCAUCCAGAUGGCAAGACAAUUAGUCGAACAGAUCGGACGUCCCCUGGAGUUGGAUACGGAUGGAAUCUGGUGCAUGUUGCCAGGUAUCUUCCCGGAGAACUUCAAAUUUAAGCUGGCGAACGGGAAAGCCAUCUCGUUCUCGUACCCAUGCACCAUGCUCAACCAUCUCGUCCACGCUCAAUUCACGAACCACCAGUACCAUGAUCUCAAUACAGAGACCGGAGAAUACGCCGUGCACAGCGAGAACUCCAUCUUCUUUGAGUUGGAUGGUCCGUACAAGGCCAUGAUCCUGCCGUCAUCGAAGGAAGAGGACAAGUUGCUCAAGAAGCGCUAUGCGGUCUUCAAUGACGACGGCUCCCUCGCCGAACUUAAAGGUUUCGAAGUGAAGCGGCGUGGUGAAUUGCAGCUCAUCAAGAUUUUCCAGUCGCAGAUCUUCGAGAAGUUCCUACUUGGGACGACGACGGAAGAAUGCUACGCGGCCGUCGCACAAGUCGCGGAUCGCUGGCUUGACGUACUGUUCAGCAAGGCCGAGACUCUUGGGGAUGAUGAGCUGGUGGAUCUCAUCGCCGAGAACCGAAGCAUGUCAAGGACUCUCGCCGAAUAUGGCGGACAGAAGUCCACUUCUAUCAGCACAGCGAAACGUCUGGCGGAGUUCCUUGGCGACCAAAUGGUGAAGGAUAAAGGUCUGGCGUGCAAGUUCAUCAUCUCCGCUCGGCCCAUGGGUGCUCCUGUCACAGAACGAGCUGUGCCGGUGGCCAUUUUCUCCGCCGAGGAUUCUGUUAAGCGGUCGUACUUGCGAAAGUGGCUGAAGGACAACAGUCUAACCAACUUCGACAUACGGUCGAUCCUAGAUUGGGGGUACUAUAUCGAACGUCUGGGAUCUGUGAUCCAGAAGCUCAUCACCAUCCCUGCGGCUAUGCAGAAGGUCGCCAAUCCUGUACCCCGCAUACGCCACCCUGACUGGCUGCACCGACGGGUAGUCGCGUUGGAUGAUAAGUUCCAUCAACAGAAGGUGACUGAUUUCUUCAAGACUGGGCCGAGAGAGCAGUCCAACCAAGACAUCGAGGACUUCGGAAGCGAGCGCGAGCCUUCAAAGGGAAUCCGUCCCCGUAUAGCUGUAGUGAAUCGCAAGGCUCGUGGUCGGGAGGAUAACUUUGAGGAAGCUGUCCCAGAGAAAAUGCCAGAAUCCGUCACACAUUAUUCUGAUUAUCUGGCAGUCAGGAGGCGUCAAUGGACGCGUCGCUACCGGCCGGAGGGUGCAUCCAAUAUUGAAUUGCCAUUGUUUAAGGGUGUCAAAACGAAGGCCAGUGGCCGUUGGGAUAUCGUGCAGAUUAGGCCUAACAGAAUUCGCGGUCGGUUCACUUUGUGGAUAUCUGCUGACUCUGGUCUAGUGCCCAUCCCACUCCGUAUCCCGCGCCAGUUUUAUCUGCAUCUUCGUACGCCACCUCAAGCCGACAGGUUCAAGACUGAUGUCUACUCGGCUGAAAAAGUGGUUCGAAGUCUUCCUCGAGAGCUGCCUUGCGUCAAUCUGUAUAAGUUAACCGUGCGCGAAGAUAUCUAUCAAGAGGGCCGUGAACAUUUCAUUGAUCUCACCAACGAUCCAAACGUGGAUGGCGUCUUUGAGCUACAGCUUCCAUUGGUCAUGCGCGCAUUGCUGAAACUUGGGAAGACGUGUGCGAGUGAAGUCCCCGGUCUGACAUUGAACAGGGCUGAGAACAGCGGUAUCGAUCUGGAACAGCUCAGCCGUGCAGGCCCUUCGCUCUCCAAGCGCAAAUAUCUGGACGAAGGCAGAGCAGGGAAAUACAUCCUGCUCUACCACGCGUGCUCCGGCAACGCUGCAGUACAUGUCUUCGCACUGUUUAUUCCUGGAAAUGCUGUGCGCCUACACAUCGUUGAUCCUGCACAACGUCGCCAGUCAAUUCCCCGUCUCUCGGAGCUUUACGCGGACACUCUGGGCAAACGACAUCAAAAUUACGGCCCCAGUAUUUCCUAUGCAUAUCCGUCAACUUGCGAGUUCCUGUCAACCUACCAUGGUACCGACUCCACUGCACUAAAGGCGAUUUCGAGAGAACUCGGACUUGUUGACUCGCAAUCGUAUACAGUCGUGAUCUCCUCGAGCAGAGAGCAAGUGUACUUUGACUCCCAAGUCCCCAAACUGUCGAAGUUCCCGGUCGUGUCAAUGUCAAAAGCGAAGGGGCCUCAUACACUGGACGCGUUCCCUUGGCAGACAAACGUUGCGCAAAAGCUGGUCAACCGCUAUCUUACUUUGGGAACCUGGCUGGACCGAACUAUUGCUCUAGCGGACUACUACGACGUGCCGAUUGGCCACAUUGAUGGUGAUCAACCUCUGCUGCUGGCAGACGUCGACUUUGCUCGUCGACUCACCGACCAUGACAUGGUGCUCUGGUGGUCUCCGGGAGAUCGUCCUGAUUGGGGCGGCAUCGAAGAUGAUAGAAGGCCGUCGGAGGACUUGCCCAAGACGGAAUUCAUGUCGCCGGGAUGUUAUUCCAAUGUCUGUCUUGAGGUGACGGUGCGCAAUCUCGCGGUCAACUCCGUCCUUCAUUCGGUGCUCGUCAACGAACUGGAAGGAAGUGGCGGAGCAACCGCCUUUGACUCGUCUCACACCUUGGUUGAAUAUGCUGGUGGAGAUUCUCAGCGCGACCUCACCCUCGGCGAUGCCAACGUGUCCCCACAGACCUUCAGCGUCCUAAAGAACAUGGUCAAGACGUGGCUGCUUGACAAGAUCCAAGGUAACUUCGAAAGCCCAGCGACAAUCGCGAUCGACCAUUUCUGGCGCUGGAUCAGCUCGAAUGCCUCGUGCAUGUAUGAUCCAAGCAUACACCGAUUUGUUCACGGCCUGAUGCGCAAGACCUUCAUUCAGAUGCUGGCCGAGUUCAAGCGUCUCGGCUCACAUGUGGUCUACGCAGAUCUCAGUCGGAUCGUCCUCGUCACGUCCAAGCCUCCUGGUACAGCGCACGCCUACGCGACCUACAUCACGACAGCUGUGACAUCGCACGAGCUCUUCCAGCACGUCUUCUUGCACACCGAGCGAUUCUAUGACUUCCUGCUGUUCAUGGACCAGGCGAACUUGGCCGGCGUGGUUUGCGAGGAUCCUCUGGCGAUAGAGCCUCCGCAAGAGCUGUCAAUCGAGAUGCGGUGGAACAUCGAGACAUUCCUGCCUCCCGCCAUUCAGCGAGACUUCCGCAACGUCGUCCGCUUCUUCCUUGUCGAGCUCUUCAGGACGAACCAGAAGACCAAGGAGGCGAACCGCGUUCCGCUACGCGUGCUUGCGAACGGCGCCCCGGACGCGACGCAGCAUAACGCAUCCAAGACGCAGGAGCUGGAGGCCAGCCGCGACUUUAUCGCGCGCCGCCUCACGCGCAAACUCCUUCGGACCGUAGGGAGCAUCCAGGAGCGGCACCGCGACGCGCAGAUGGACGAGGACGCGCUGGCGGAGUGGGAGUUCCCGCUCCUGCCGGGCUCGCACCUGCACCUGACGAACCCGCUGCUGGAGUUCGUCAAGUUCGCGUGUGCGGUGUUCGGGCUGGCUAAGGAGUACCAGAUCGAGGUGGGGCUGCUGAAGCGGAACCUGCUCGAGGUCGUCGGCGUGCGCGAGUUUGCGGGCGAGGCGGCGUUCCACAACCCGUGCGAGCCGCUGCGGCUCGCGAACGUGCCCUGCCGGCACUGCGACGGCCUGCGCGACUUCGACUUCUGCCGAGACCCGGAGCUGCUCCCGCGCACGCUCGAGGUCAACGCGCGCUGGCUGUGCGUGGUGUGUGGCGGCGAGUACGACCGGACGAUGAUUGAGUUCGCCCUGAUGGAUAUGGUGUUCGACCUCGAACGCCGCUUUGCGCAGCAGGACCUGCGGUGCGGGAAGUGCAAGAAGAUACAGUCGGACAACGUAUCACGGCACUGUGCGUGCUCGGGCAGCUACCAGCUCAGCAUGAGCAAAGCGGACGUGCGCCGGAAGCUGCGGACGAUCGUGAAUGUGUCGUUGGCGCACAAUUUGCCCCGCCUCAGGGAAUGUGCGCAAACUAUGCUCACGUACUGGUGA